AUGGAAAGCAUUUCUCCGGGGGAGCGGGAUGUCUGUUUCGAAAGGCUGGCGGCAGGGACCAAAGCUGCCAUUGACGUCACAAGGGAGGGCGGGCCAGAAAUGAUGGGAAGUGCAGCUUCGGUACUCACGCAGUACGACAUUGAGGAAGUUCAGGUCCACUGCAAUGGGGCAUUUUCUCAGAAGGAGAUUGAGUCUUUGUACAAGCGCUUCUGCGCCCUGGACCGAGGCGGGAAGGGGUACCUAACGGGGGACGAGGUCAUGAGUAUACCGGAGUUUGCACUCAAUCCCAUUCAUCAGAGGCUUCUGGUCUCCUUCGAGGGCGUCAACUUUAAGGACUUCUGCGGCGCGAUGGCGGCCUUCAGCUCCCGAGCAAGCAUGGAGAAGAAACUAAGAUUCGUCUUCAACGUGUAUGACGCCACCGGGAAGGGCACAAUAGGGCGGGAAGACAUGCUGCAGAUUCUGCGCGACAUGACGGGGUCGUUCCUGACAGAGGAGCAACGGCAGAGAGCGGUGACCCGGGCACUGGAAGAAGCAGGCUUCUCCCAGAACCCCGCAUUAACGUUCUCGGACUUUUCGAAGGUCAUGGGAACCUCCAGUUUUUCUCUAGAAGUAGAGGUUCCGACCCUGGAUUAGGCAGCUUCUCGUUCUCAGUAGGACGGCCACAGCAUCCGCAAAUUGUUUGCGGUCAAAUUGUACAGAAUAAGUCCCUUUAGGGGAGUCCGAUCACGAGUUUCCCUUGUGGUGGCCAAGAAAAUCUUGGCAAGUCUGGCGUUGCGUCCGUCAAACGAAGUAAAACAAUCAGGCAAUCAGUCUACAGGUCCAAGUCUCGUCGAAGUCAGAAGUGGGCCAAAAUUUGUGCCCGCUGGUUUGCACCGACAGCCUGCUGAAAUCAAGAGAGGAUGAUUC